AUGGGCUGCGGUAGUUCCAAAUUGCGAACGGUGGAGGAUUCCGUCCAUGUUAUGCUCAAACGACACGACAAGAAGAUGAGAAAUCAAGCCAAAGGACAGAAACCACAUGGCUUUGUUCCACGAGCAGAUCAUCCGCUAUUGAAACGAAAAGCUGUCGGUGCUUCCGAAGAACCAGGAGAUGACAACGAUGAACCGCCAUCUCCUCCCUCGGCACCAACAGCCGAAACUACAAAUGAAUCGUAA